CCGGGGGGCCGAUCGACCGGAUCCUCCUCGACCACUCUCCCCAGCCACUUCUCUGCCAUGUCCGGCCAGAGCAUGCCCCAGGCGGCCCAGUAUGGCCGUCAGAUGGAGGAGGAUAUGCUCAAUGCCCAGACCACCGAGGGGAUCAAUGCCCUGAGCGCCCGGGUCGCCCGACUCAAGAACAUCACCAUCGAGAUUUCGAACGAGGUCCGAAGCCAGAAUGUUAUGCUCGACGAGAUGGACGAGACUAUCGACCGGACCAACAACCUGGUCGGCAGCGCUAUCAGCCGCAUUCGUGUCUUCUCCCGCUCGAAGCACGCUUCCCAGUUUAUGUAUGUCAUGGGGCUGGUGUUCUUCCUCUUUCUCUUCCUCUACUUCAUUUCCUUCAAGAAGUGAGCCGAUGUGAAUGUGUUUGCGUGUGAAUUUCGAUAAAUCCGCCCGCUCCUCCCCCUGUUCUUGCUGGUCCCCCACGGCAAAUGGGAAUGAAAGAAUGCCCGAGGAGCCUCGAAGCAGCAGCUGCAGCAGCAGCAAGAACAGGCGCUCCCAUCUUCCGGCCCCCCCCCCCCCCCCC